AUGGCGCAAGCGGCGCUGACGGCGCUGGACACGUGGACGGCGCGGGACUGGCGGAAGGAGGAGCGGCAGUGGCGGGAGGAGGUGCGCCGGUGGCGCGCGGAUGACGUGGCGUUCCGCGCGGAGGAGAGGCGAUUCAAAACGGAGGAGCGGAUGUUCCGCGCUGUGCGACACAGGUGGCGCCACGAGAUAAUGCAGCAGCGCCACGUGGACAACGCCAUGCACCUGUGGAACCGCACCAAGGAGUGCAACAGGCGAAGUGUGGAGGAGAAGGCGGAGCACAUGAGGGCCAUGGCGUGGCUGGCGGCUAUAGUGGGCGGAUUCACCAUGACUGCUCCUGUGGAAUUCACCUACAGUGACCCCGAUGCCCCCAUGGCCCUGGUCACAGCAUAUGCCCUCUGCACUGCUCUCGUGCCAUCACUGAUGGUAGUAGCAGCAAUGAUAGCCGUCUUUGUAUUGGGAGCAGUGCUGAGGAUGGGCAAGCUAUAUGUGCACGAGAGGGAGGAGGAGGAGUUUCUAGCCUCUGCCCGCUACUUCGCACUCAACCGGGCGGCGGCGGGCGGCAACAGGACGACGAUCACCGCCCCGCCAGCUGCCUUGAGGAGCUUCGACCGAUUCUGGGACCUCAGCUACCCCUUCUUCCCCUGGUUUCUCCCCCUUCUUCCCCUGGUUUCUCCCCCUUCUUCCCCUGGUUUCUCUUCCUGUGCCCAAUUCUCCUCAGGAUUCUCAUCAACAGUUCGUAUGUACUCAUUGCUUCCUAUAUACACUUUCUGUUUUCUCACUUCCACUCCCCUCGUGCCCUCACUCCUCCCCUCCUCCUACCCUCACCAUCCCUCCUCAUAA